CAAACCUCGUACACUUAUGUCAUCCUAGUACAUUCAAAUGAAUGAUAACCACAAGAAUGCUGCUAACUAUAGUCUGAUCAGAUUUUUUGAAGUAAACGGAUUCGGGUAUCUUCUAUUAGUAGUAUACAAGCAAUGACAGCUUAUAUGGCUUUAGCAGAGGCAGAAGAAGAUAUGUAUACCAAAGAUGGAACAACUGAUUAUCGUAACAACCCUACUAUCAGAAACAAAACUGGAACCUGGAAAGCAUGCCCUUACAUCCUAGGGACUGAAUGCUGUGAAAGAUUGGCAUACUAUGGGAUCAACAUUAAUUUAGUGAAUUAUCUCAAGUUCCAAUUAAACCGAAGUAAUGUUGUUGCAGUUAAUACUGUCACCAACUGGUCUGGUACAUGUUAUGUCACGCCACUACUUGGCGCAUUUCUUGCUGAUGCUUACCUUGGUCGAUACUGGACAAUUGCUGCCUUAUCAAUUGUCUAUGUUUUCGGAAUGACAAUAUUGGCUCUAUCAGCGUCUGUCCAUGGACUGAAACCCUUGUGUGAUGACAAGCACGUUUGUCAUCCGACAAGCCUGCAACUCGGGGUUUUUUACACAGGACUUUACCUAAUAGCUCUUGGUACAGGAGGCAUUAAGCCUUGUGUGUCAUCUUAUGGGGCAGACCAGUUUGAUGAUUCGGAUGAGUCUGAGAAAAAAAGCAAGAGUUCGUUUUUCAACUGGUUUUAUCUUUCGAUCAACAUUGGUGCACUUGUUGCUGCCACAGUGCUUGUCUGGAUACAAACAAAUGUGAGCUGGGGCUGGGGCUUUGGCAUUCCUGCUGCUGCUAUGGCUAUUGCUGUUGUGAGCUUCUUUUCAGGCACACGUUUGUAUCGCAAUGUGAGGCCUAGUGGAAGUCCAUUUACUCGGAUCUUUCAGGCAGUCGUUGCAUCUAUCAGAAAAUCACGUGUUGAGGUGCCUAGAGACAAGUCUUUGCUUUAUGAGACAAAUACAGUGGAAGCAUCUGUUAUUAAAGGAAGCCGGAAACUUGAUCAUACUGACAAGUUGAGUUUUUUCGACAAGGCAGCUGUAGUGACUCACUCUGAUGAACCUAAAGAUUCCAUCAGUCCCUGGAGACUUUGCACCGUUACACAAGUCGAAGAACUCAAGUCUAUUAUAGGCUUGCUGCCCAUAUGGGCAUCAGGCAUCAUCUUUGCUGCUGCAUACACUCAAAUGGGCACAUUAUUCGUUCUUCAAGGCAACACAAUGGACCUUCAAAUGGGCCCUUCAUUUCAGAUUCCACCAGCCUCACUAUCCCUCUUCGACACCAUCAGCGUCAUAUUUUGGGUUCCAGUCUAUGACCGUGUGAUCGUGCCUUUUGCCAGACGAAUCACGGGUCACAAAAGCGGUUUCUCCCAGCUACAACGGAUGGGAAUAGGCCUAGUGAUCUCAAUUGCCGCGAUGCUGUGUGCUGGAACACUAGAGCUAGUGAGACUAAAAAUGGUCAAGAAGCACAAGUACUAUGAACUUGAGCAUGUUCCCAUGUCCAUUUUUUGGCAAGUCCCUCAAUAUUUCAUCAUUGGAUGUGCUGAAGUAUUUACAUUUAUCGGACAGCUUGAGUUUUUCUAUGAGCAGGCUCCUGAUGCCAUGAGGAGCUUGUGCUCAGCAUUGUCGCUAACCACAGCGGCCCUGGGGAAUUAUCUGAGCACAUUACUUGUCAGCAUUGUCACAGAUUUGAGCACGAAAAAUGGUGGUGAAGGGUGGAUUCCUGAUAAUCUGAAUUAUGGUCAUUUGGAUUAUUUCUUCUGGAUGUUGGCUGGGUUAAGUUUGAUAAAUUUGGGAUUCUACUUCUCAGUGGCUAAAUGUUACACUUACAAGAAGCCAGUUGAUCCCAGUAAAUGAAUAGGAUAUCCGAACCGACCCAAUUCGAUCUGAACCUAUUUAAAUAGAUAUGAAUUCGUCGAAAAAAUAAUGUGAUUCGACAAGAGUCAUCCAAUUAUUUAGUGGAUCGAAAAUAGAUAUAGAUUGAUCCGAUCCAUCUA